AUGGCCAGUUUCAUUACGUUGCAGCUUUGUGCCACUUUGGGAACCACUGGGGCUUGUGCUUUUGACAAUCUGCAAGAAUUGGGACCCAUUUGUGAAAAAGAAAGAUUAUGGCUUCAUGUGGAUGCAGCUUAUGCUGGCACUGCCUUUAUUUGUCCAGAAUUUAGAAAAUGGUUGAAUGGUGUACAUUAUGCUGAUUCAAUUGCAUUUAAUCCUAGCAAAUGGAUGAUGGUUCAUUUCGAUUGUACGGCUAUGUGGGUGAAAAACAGUGGAUCGUUGCUUCGUACAUCUAAUGUGGGGCCUCUUUAUUUACAACACGAGAACUCAGGUACAUAA